CGUUUGUUUGGGAUUAGCUAGCUGUUUAGCUAGUAUGUCCAUAGGGUGUUGUGUAGGAUAAAAUUAUUAUAAUUAAAAACUAAAUCGCCGAGCUGCCACGGUUAUCCCUUAAAAGUAAGGUGUUUAAUCCUUUGCAUUUCUCACCCAGAUAUGCUCUGCUGCUAUUCAUAUGUAACGUUAGUUUAUCCUAGAAUUAACAACCGAAUCGCUUUGACUGUUGUUAGCCUGGUAACGUUACCUAUUAUAGUAAUGGUCUUGAACAAUAGCAAUAAUGUAUAACCACUGGUAAAUAUGUGUGUUUUUAAAAAUAGGUGUCGCUAUUUUGCUUAUACACGGUAUUACAAUUAAGUACGACAUUAUGGCUUGUGUUUAGUAUAUGGGUGUUACGAUGUCCGUCAUUUUCACCUUAUCUGUAACUUACUGCUAGCAUUUACAGUGCUAGUAGCGUCCAACGUUACUAUGGAGACAAAACGAGUCGCUCUUGUUAUAAAUACUAAAGCCGCACUGCAAGUUUAUGAUGUUUCUAUGGCGACAUGAUACGCGGUAAAACUAGUAACGUUAGUCUGCUGCUUUUAUUAUAAUGGGUUCUGAUUUUAUCGCUAGCAGUGUAAAUGAUGUGCUUCAUAGCAUUUAUUUGGUAACAUUAGUCCAUGUAAUCAUUUUUGGAAGCGUUCUUCAUCCUCUCGACUUUUUAAAGAAAUUUUGAACCACAGGAAAGGUCAUGGAGGAACCAGGAGCUAUAGAGGUGACCGUGAAAACUCUGGAUUCCCAGAGCAGGACGUUCACUGUCAGGGGAGAGUGGACAGUGAAGCAGUUUAAAGAGCACAUCGCUUCUGCCGUUGAAAUCCCGGUGGAUAAGCAGAGGUUGAUCUACCAGGGUAAAGUGCUGCAGGAUGAGAGGACACUCACAGAAUACAAUGUUGAUGGGAAGGUCAUUCAUCUUGUGGAGCGAGCACCUCCUCAGAGCAGUCAGUCUGGGGGUGGAGGAGGUGGAGUUUCUGGCUCCUCGGGUACAACGGAUGGAGGAUCUACCUCCUCUCAGUCCUCCACUUUUCCAGGAACUUCACAUGACCGUAAUGCCAACAAUUAUGUCAUGCUGGGCACUUUAAAUCUGCCUGUGAAUAUUAUGGACCCACAGCAAAUACAGAUGUCAGUGCAGCAGAUGUUGGCUGGUGUUGGAGAAAUAGGGCGUAAUGUCAGAGUGAGCACCAGCACAGGAAGCAGUGGCUCUGUGGAUGUCCAUAUCAACGUGGACCAAUCAGUGCAGAGCGAGCCCAGGAUGAGGCUCCAGCUGGCUGAAAGCCUGCUGCGAGAGACACAGGCUUUAAUCCACAGACUCGAGGGUCAAUCAAGUGAACCGUCAUCUCAGCAGGAGACACCACCUCCUCAGCCACUAUCAUCAUCAUCAUUCUCAGCACAACCAAUGGACAGCUCCCCACCUCCACCCUCCUCCUCAUCCUCUGCUUCACAGACAGAAGGAGCAACUCACUCUGGACCCAAUCACCCCAGCCCUUUAGAGUUGGUGGAGGUUCUGUCAGAGGUGCGAAGGGUGGAGGAGCGCCUCCGUCCAUUCAUGGAGAGAACACAUUCCAUCCUUGGAGCGGCCAGUUCUGCUGACUACAACAACAAUACUCAAGAACGUGAGGAGGAUCAGCGCACUCUCAAUUUGAUUGGCGAGUCACUCCAUCUCCUAGGUAACACAUUGGUGGCUCUGAGUGACCUCCGAUGCAAUUUAUCAGCUCAGCCACCCCGCCACUUACAUGUGGUGCGGCCCAUGUCUCACUACACCUCCCCUGUUGUGCUGCAGAGUGGACCACCCCAUAUUCCCAUUCCGAUGAACCUGGGCUCUACUGUGAACAUGAUGGCAAACAGCAGACAGACAAGCGAGGGUCAGGCCCAACCUUCACAGCCAAGCAACCAAUCAGAGCCUCAGGGUCAGGCACCUCCUCCUCCACCGAAUGGAGCCAGUCAACAAACGGGUCAUGGUCAGGGGACUCCAAGAGUGAUCAGAAUCACUCACCAGACCAUGGAGCCAGUGGUCAUGAUGCAGAUGAACCUGGAUGGCACCACGACACCCAUCCAUGUACCAGGACUGCCACCCGAGUUCAUGCAGGCCAUCAUGCAUCAGAUCUCCCAGCAGGCUGUCGCCAUGGCAACUGCAGCCUCUGCCGGACACCAGGGGCAGCAGCAGGGCACUGCUGGCUCAGGUGCCCAGAGUGCAGACAGCCCAGCCUCUCCGCCACCUCAGGCCAGGGUGGUCAUCACACGGCCCUCCUUAUCUCCACGCAUCCCCCAACCCAUGAGCACCAGAGGGACCACCAUCAACCUGCGGGCAACAGUGCCCCCCUCAGCAGGACAACAGACUAAUCAAGGCAACCCUAUGACGUCCUCUCCUCUCACACAGAUGGUCAGUGGUUUGGUAGGGCAGCUUUUGAUGCCAUUGCACACAGGAGAUCAGACAUCCACUACCUCAUCGUCCCACUCCUUCUCUUUCUCUACCUCCACAUCUACCCCUUCCUCCUCCUCUAUCUCCUCCUCCACUGCUCCUCCAUCCUUUGCCAACACAUCCGGUCAGACGUCCACCCACACCACCAGCACGGCAUCCGUGGGUCAGUCCCAGGAGGGUGGCCCAGGAGAUAACCUAGCUCAGCUGCUGGGCUCACUUUUGGGAGGAGUUGCGGGAGCUGGUGGAGGGGUGUCUGGAGGUCCUCCAUCCAUUACAGUGACUGUUCCAGGUGUCCCUGCAUUCAUUCAUGGCCUCUCCGGGUUCAUUCAGUCCGGCCAGCCUGUGUUUCCUCCACCCAACCAGCAGCCUCCAUCCUCACAAGCCACACCCUCUGCCCCUUCAGGAGCCACCCACACUACCACCCCUCAGCCUCCCAGUGGAGGUGGAGAGACCCUCAGCCCGGAGCUUUUUACAGGCAUCGUGCAGGGCGUCCUGUCCACCAUGAUGGGCUCUCUGGGUGCUGGUCAAGGCAACACUGAGAGCAUCGCCCAGUUUAUUCAAAGACUUUCCCAGACCAGUAACCUCUUCACGCCUGGAGCUGGAGAUGCAGUGGGGUUCUUUGGAGAUCUGCUGUCUCUGGUGUGUCAGAGUUUCUCCAUGGUGGACAUGGUUCUGCUGCUGCAUGGUAAUCCUCAGCCUCUGAGCCGCAUCCAUCCCCAGCUCACAGCCUUCUUCACUGAGCAUUAUCUGCAAGGCCGAGAGCCCACCGAUGCCAACAUAGCUAGUGCUGCUGAGGAUCUGAUCAAUGGACUAGAGGAGUACAUUGCAGAGAGUUUUUCCACUGUGACUGUUCGAGAGGGAGUGGACAUCAUCCAAACCAACAUGUCCUUCCUGAGACAACAGUUCACUCGCAUGGCUAUUCACAUUCUGCGCUGUACAGAUAACACAUUUGGUCAGCGCUUGUUGUAUCUGUGCACCCAGGGUCUGUUUGAGUGUUUGGCCCUCAAUCUCUAUUGCUUAAGAGGAGAGCAAAGAGCUUUAACCACCGUCAUCAACCACCGAAUUAGGAGAAUGUCAGCUGAAGUGAACCCCAGUCUGGUGAACUGGUUGACCAGUAUGAUGUCCAUGAGGCUGCAUGUGAUUUUAGAGCACAAUCCAGUCACUGAGGACCAGAUCCAGCAUUACGUCAUCUAUACGCAGAGUGAGUCGUCUCAGAGAACAGAGUCAGAUGCACAAGCAAGCCAGCAGUCAGAUAACAUGAGUGUUGAGAUGGAAGAGGGUCUGUCUCCUGCUCCUGCCACCACUGCAGAGGAAGUCAUGGCAUCCUCAGGAGACACUGCUGAUGCCGAUGAACCACCUGGCAGGCCAUUGUUAGAAGAGACACGAGGAGCAGUAGCCAUGGCAACUGCAGACAGGGAGGAGUCAACUGGAGAGGUGGAGCCAUGGGCAGCAACUGUUCCACCUGAGUGGGUACCCAUCAUAAGACAUGACAUGUUGACCCAGAGGAAGAUGAAAGCACAGCCGCCUCUGUCUGAUGCUUAUCUGCAUGGGAUGCCGGCCAAGAGGAGGAAGACCGCACAGGGAGAGGGUCCUCAUCUCUCUCUCGCUGAGGCCGUGAGUCGAGCUGCCAGGACAGCAGGGGUGCGACCUGUUACUGCCCCAGACAGCCUACAGGGGGAGCUGGAGGCACCAGAGCUGCAGGAAGCUUAUACACAACAGGUGAAGAGUGAUAUAAAGAAACGACUGCGUGAUGAUCCAGACUACAACCACCAGCGGUUUCCCAACACACACAGAGCUUUUUCUGAGGACUCCUAACCAGCAGCUCUGUUUACUCUGUCUUGUCAUCUGUCAAACACAGUCAUGACCAUGACGUCUCGAGGAACGGCCAGUAGCGUCUCGUGCAUUGAGGGAUCCCAGUUGUUUAGAAAUCGCCGACUGACACAUAACUCGGAUGUCUGCCAUAGUCAAAUGUGUGGAUAGUGACUAAAUAUAGAGCCGGUGAACUAGACUGGCCAUGAAGGCAGAACAUUUUUUUUUUAUACUUUUUUUCCCCUCUACAUGGCGUCCAUCUGUGGGAAACAGCAUCUUAUAUUCUUUGCAGAUGUCAAAACAGUCAGUGAGUUUUACUCUUGACAGGAUUCAUAUAUGCCCCUGUCCAUUGUAAAUUAGCUGUACAUUGUUGUAAUAAGUUGUUUUAAUAAUGACAAUAAUAGCAGUUGUAUUACAGGCACAUAUGUAUGAAGAAAACCUAAUUCAUUCCAGCUUGACCUGCUCGAUGUGUAGAUAAAGGAGAUGCCAAGAUUGAUGUUUACAAGCUCCAGACAUGUUAAAUAUGAUUAGAUAUACAGCACUGCACAUUCAUCACUGAGGACUGGAAGUGUUUUAGUCAUAGUGAUGCCAUAGAGCUGUUGGUUGUAAAUAUUUCUUGCAUGCCAAAAACAUCUUGUUGGCUCCAUCAUGUUGUUCAUGAAUGCGACUGUUACAAAAUAACAGUCGCAUUCAUGGGAAACAAUAUUUGCAUAAAUUACAUUGUUUCAUAUUGUCUCAACCCUUCAACUAAAGAAAAAAAAUUAUCAUUUUGUAUUAAUAACUACAAACCAACAUUUGGUUCCUAAAUUGCUAGCGGAGCAAUUUCAUGUAUGGUAAAUUUGCAACCCCGUUACCCAUAUUUAAUUAAUAUGAUU